GACAGACAAACUCGGGGCGGGACCGUGGCCAAAAAGUGGGCUUGCCUUUGGGUUAUUUGCGCAGCAGAGCCUGACAGGCAGCUUUGUAGAUGUGUGUCAGGCCUGCUACAUGUAGUUAGCCACACGGAUUACCACAGGAGACGACAGAGGAGUGUAAAGAGAUCUGUGCGUUGGGAAUGCGUUGAGGUGACAAUGGAGAUCACCGACCACGCCACCGAGGGCGACCCUCUGAAGAGGGAGGAGGACCCGGCGGAGACCGGAACGGCACCGCCGGCCACUGAGCUCAAGAAGAAGAGGUGUAAAGAGGUCUUGGGUUUUUCCAAACUGACCCACUGGAGAACGGCAGUCUUCUUCCUCUCCUUGUUUGUCUGCCUCACCAUAGUGUUUGCCUUCUCUUUCAUCAUCCCCUGCCCAGUCAGACCACAGUAUCUGGCUUCGUGGAACAGGACUUUUUAUCCAGCAGCGACGUACGAUUUCUUAGCUAUCGAAGAUGCAAGCGAUGAUAAGGUGAUGGAUGUCCUGUUUACCCGCAGAGCACCAGAAGGCAGUCAGAACAACACGUGCGCCGGCGCAGGUCUGCCUUCUCCAUGUCUGUUCGUGUCAGCGGUGGAUGGGACGGAUGGCGAUACCCUGUGGGAGCGUCCACUGCCCCCCGACUUCCACUGGGCCCAGUGUGGUCUGGAGAACACGGGCAGAAACUGGGACUGUCUGGUGUCCCAUUUUACUCUGCUCACUGCCAUCGACAAACACACUGGUGAUGUUAGGUGGCAGCAGCCCCAGCCUUCUGGUGUGGACAGCACUGCGCCUGUUCUUAAUAUCCCUGAUCUGGAUGGGGACAAGAUCAGAGAUGUGGCUCUGGUUGCAUCCGACCAUACACAGACUCAGCUAAUAUUCCUCUCAGGGAAGACGGGGGUGCAGAUGGGUACUACAGUUAUUCUUGACUCCUCUAAGACAACCAACCACCUUCUCCAUUGCACUGCAGAAAAUUCUUACUAUGUACUGCUCCAAAAAGACACUGGCCUGUAUGGAAUGGCUCUGUGGAGGAUUGCAGCAAAAGCUAAAGCAGGGCUGGAGGUCGGCCUUAAGAAGGACGCGUACUGGGAGAAGAACACCACUGCCACAUCUGAACUCAUAACCGUAUACCAGUCUCACUCGCUGAGACAAGUGGUCAGAACGGACGAAACAGAUGAUCGAUCAAACGUGCUGCUUAUAACUGGGAAGGAGGUGGCAUUAAUUGAUGGAAAGACUCUGAAGCCACUGUGGAGAUUUAACACCACAUCGACAUCAGUUCUCAGUCAACCCUCUUUUGGUCACUACAACAAAGAUGGGUCCAUUGAUGUAGUAGUUGAAGAAGAUAUCGGCAACAACACUAAACGGGAAGUUAUUCUGGAUGGAAAGUCUGGUGGCGUGCUGUGGGAGGUGGAGGUUUUAGCCAGCCCUAAUUCACCAAGACCUGCGUCCAUACACACCACCAACUCCUUCUCCAUCUUUGUGUUUUGGGGGAUGAUGCCUUCUGAGACUAAUGUUUCUAUCCCGUUGGGAAGUGAGCGGCGUUCCUACAUGCUGCAUCCUCUCUAUCCUAAAUUCCUCCUUGAAUGCACCAAUGACCUGGACCACAUUGUAACAUUUAAAGCCACACUGAUGGAGCGUGGACGCCACGCCGCUUGGAUCCUGCUCACGGGGCCUGAGGCACAGGAAGCUGAAGGCACUGUUGUUCUCAGGAAGCUCAAGCUGAAGCAGGAAGUGCCUUCCAGCAAAGUAUUCCGCAUCGGUACUGGAGGAGGCUCAGAAACCAACGAGGACAUCAAAGAGGCCUUCAAUCGACUUCGGUUCAGUGACUGGUGAAAGCACUGCCUGUGAUGCGUUUAGUGUCUGCCUGCGUUAAAAUCAUUUUUCAUCUUACUGGGCUGUGGUUUAACUUGAAUUAAGCCAAAGUGUGCACAUUUGUUAUGACUUUCCAACUGCUGGAAACAACAAAAAAAAAAUUCAGUCAUUUAGAGGCUGGAGUUGCCUUAAUUUGACAGGGUUCUGGGCCUAAGGUGGGCAUUUUGUGACUUCUGACUUGACUUUGCUAUAAAUUCUCUGGUUAGAAAGAGCUCCUGUACCCUGACAAUCAGUCCCACGUUGCUGUCGUCCUGCUGAAUAUCCAUGAUGAUGAUGAUGAUGAUGAUGACCAGUCUCGCUGAAUUAUUUUCUAGCACUUUCACGCAUGAAUACAAUGCAGUUUUUUAGUGAAGAGGGUGAAUUAUGACUCAGAUCUAUGCAACUGCAUGUCACAUUGUGUUUUAAGGAAGACUACAUGGGUGGAACACUAGGGCGUACAUGGGUACAUUUUAUGUCUCGUAUCUUAUUCAUAGGGGAUCACGGUCUUUUAGUCAUUGAUGCUGUGUUUUCAACUGUGUCUCUUACAUAUUUUAUCCAAGAUGCUGUGACUUGUGAUGCUGUCGUGUGCACUAAGACCGAAUCUUUGCAACAUUCAAAGGUUCAUAGCAACACUGUGUUUCUGCUGUGGUUUUACAGCUCCUAUUGAAGCUGUUCAUUUCCUUCAUAAUUUUAGGAUUUAAAUAAAUUAAUGUUUUUUUUCUGUUUUUGAUAUAUUGAAAUGUGGACGUAGCGGGAUAUGUGUGAAAAUAAGCAUUAUUAAACUCUUUUAAAACA